GUGACCGCGCUAACCCAGCCAGUGCACCUCAGAGGCACUCACACAACGGAAAGCACAAACUAACUCCGCUCAUUUCAGCUCAGCAGCCCUAUUUCAACGACACACUUCUUAUUGAGGAGACACGGCUGAUUUUUAAGGAUGUUUUCACUCGGGGAAAAAAUGGAGUUCCUUAUAGCAAACCCUUUUUCUACACCCGUUGGUCAGAGGAUCGAGCGAGCGACCAGUGGUGCCCAGCAGUCGGAGGACUGGGGCCUCAACAUGGAGAUCUGUGACAUCAUCAAUGAGACUGACGAUGGGCCAAGGGAUGCAGUUAAAGCUAUUAAGAAGAGAAUUGUUGGAAACAAGAACUUCAGAGAGAUCAUGUUAGCGCUUACUGUUCUCGAGGCCUGUGUGAAGAACUGUGGACACCGCUUCCAUGUUCUGGUGGCAUCACAGGAGUUUGUUGAAGGGGUUUUGGUCCGUUCCAUUUUGCCCAAAUACAACCCCCCUACUGCCCUCCAUGACAGGGUGCUCAGCCUCAUACAGUCUUGGGCUGAUGCAUUUCGUAGUGCUCCCUCCCUGGUGGGGGUGGUACAUGUAUAUGAUGACCUGAGGAAACGAGGUCUGGAGUUCCCCAUGACAGAUCUGGAUGCUCUGUCCCCCAUCCACACUCCACACAGGAGCAUCCCAGAAAAUGGGACUCAUGAUGUGACCCCUACCACAGCACAUCCAGCUCAGACACAGCAGCAGAGCCCCUCUAGUCAAACCAUUUCACCUCCAGUACAGCCCAGGGAUGGACCAGUUUCCCUCUCUACAGAACAGGAACAGAAGUUGCGAAGGGAGUUGGCACUUGUGAAGGGAAAUCUCACUGUGAUGUCUGAGAUGUUGAAUGAGGUUAUACCUGGACAAAGUCAGCAGGAUGACACUGAGCUGCUACAGCAGCUGUACUCAGUGUGUAAGAACAUGCAGACUCGUGUGGUAGAGCUCAUUCCUCAACUGCUGGAUGAAGGUUUUGUCGAAGAGCUGCUGGUGGUCAACGAUGACCUCAACAAUGCUUUCAUUCGUUAUGACAGGUUUGACAGACUUAACAAAGCACAGACUACAGCUACGCAACAGUCGAGCACUGUCAGCAGCCCAAGUCUCAUCGACCUCAGUUCUGAACCGUCAACCCACAGCCAACCUGCUGUCAUCACAACAACCAGCCAACCAGUAAUCAGCACUUGGGCCAAUCAGAGGCAAGCAGCAAACCACAAAGUAGAAGAGGAGGAGUUUGACAUGUUUGCCCAGACCAGAGGCAGCUCCUUGGCAGAGCAGAGGAAAAGUGUGAAGUAUGAGGACCCAGGAGCUGUGGAGGGUCUUGCAGGAGCACUGGACACCAGGUUGCAGGUCACAGGAGGGAUGCAACCAGCAAAGAAGUCUGUGCAGAAUGACAUUGACAGAUGGUUAUCCUGUGAUAUGGAGGACCAGUCUUCAGUGUCGGAGGGAGUGUGCAGUGAAGAGUUUGAUAAGUUUCUGGAGGAUCGGGCGAGGGCAGUGGAUCACAGAGGCCAGGUAGAACCUCCUCAUAGCGUGGCAGCUUACCCCACAUCCAGACCGCCACCCCAACAAUCUACCCGGCAACAAGACACAUCACAUGACCAGCUUUUUUCACUUUGAAUUUGGGAACAAAUGGAUCAGGUAGAUGUAAAGGUACAUAACACAUACACCAUCACACCUUCAGUCACAUACAUGCUGUGCAAAAUCAGAAUUUCUAUGAAACGACACAUCUACUUACUACAAAUCUGCUGCCUAAUCAUUUCACUGCAUACUUGAAAUGCAGUAUUUCUGUUAAUUCUGCUGUUUGUUUUCUUAUAUGAGUAUGAAUGACUUUAUGCAAUAUGUAUUUAUGAAAUGUAUCACUAUGUUGUUAAAAAAUUUAAGCUGAAGAACUGUUUACAAUGAAGUAUAUACAAAAUAUAUUUGUAUCACACUGUCAUGUGCCUUUGAUUUUGUUUAGAGGAGAAUAAAUGACUUAUUGUCCUAAAAGUAUGUUUCAGCUGUCCUCUUUUUAGAUUUUCUUAUUUAUUUAUUUAUUUAUUUUUUGCCAUCAUUUAU